CUUCAGCAUCCGCAUAACUUUACUAUGCUGAGUAUUUCCAGUGCUCUCUGCUUUCAUGUAAGUGGGAUAUAGCCUUCCGAAGAAGUACUCAAAGGUCCUUUACAACAUGAGUUAGCUAGUGAGCUCUGUGGGAAGAUUUUUCUGCCUCGCCAAAAUGAACUCUAUCAGCGCACCAACCAAAGCAACUGGAGGCCCCACCUCCCCCAGGAAAGGACCACCAAAGUUCAAACAAAGGGCAACCCGACAGUUCAAAAGCAAACCCCCAAAGGCAGGCGUGAAAGGGUUUGGCGAUGAUAUUCCCGGGAUGGAGGGACUCGGCACAGAUAUUACUGUGAUUUGCCCCUGGGAGGCUUUCAGCCACUUGGAGCUUCACGAACUGGCUCAAUACGGAAUCGUCUGACAGAGGCAGGGAAGUGCAGACCGAACGUCAGGGAGUGGCUGGUGUUUCUGCUGCAGCAUUAAUCCUAGUGAGGCAGAAGGAGCAGAGUCGCUAUUAGAAUCCACUGUGUGCUGUACUGCACGAUUACUGUUCACCAUCUGGAGCCUGAACAUUAAUGUAGCUGUCAGUUUUCAUACAACGACUGUGAAGGGCACUGUGUAGUCACCAUAUAUAUUCAUGGGUUCAAUUGCUUCUGUGGAUUUCAGGAAAGUUGUACAGUAAAGUUCUACUUUUUAGUACAGAAUUUUGAUUAUUGCAUUGGUCAUUUUCUGUUCCAUUCAUUAAGAAGUCUGUUUGGAUUCUCUCCAGGAGAAACGUGCGGAAAGAUUUCUCCCAGCAACACACACACAAAGUGCUGGAGGAACUCAGUUGAGUUCCUUGAGUCCUGACGAAGGAUCUCGGCCCGAAACGUCGACUGUAUUCUUUUCCAUAGAUGCUGCCUGGCCUGCUGAGAUCCCUAGUCCUGGUGAACGGUCUAGGCCUGAAACAUCGGCUGUACCCUUUUCCAUAGUUGUUGCCUGGCCUGCUGAGUUCCUCCGGCAUUUUGUGUGUGUCACUUGGACUUCGAGCAUCUGCAGACUUUCUCAUGUUUGUGAAAGGUUUCUCUCACACCUCCAAAUGAAUUCAUUUAGCUGUCUGUGCUGUGUGAAAUUGGAAUGUCCAUUAACAUGUAGAGAAUGAAAAUGUAAAAAAAAGAUUUAAAACUUUUAUUGUCUUUGAAGUGGGAAAAAAUUGGUUCAUACAAUGGAUGAAGCUCUGGUUUCCCCUUGAAAACCUGCCUGGAGCAACACACAGAAAGCUGGAGGAACUUAGCGGGUUCGGCAGCAUCCAAAGAGGGAGACGGACGGAAAACAUUUUGGGCUGUAACUGACCCACUGAUCUCCUCCAGUUUUUUAAUUGUGUUUUGCCCCAAGUCUUGGUGGAACUAGUACUGUUGUACUCACUUCAUGCCUUGCAUUUCUGUAGAGAAAGCCCUUUUAUUCCUGCUUGUCACAACUAAGAAUUCAGAAUAAAGUCAUAUAACAU